AUGGAACUCAACGGGGAUAAAAUCGGUACAAAUUCAACCAUUCUGUUUUUUGGUAUUUGGACACGUGAACAAGCCGUCACUUAUAUAAGCUUCGCCUACGUCAUAAUCUCAAUUUUAAUGGUACUUGUAUGGUCCAUGUAUUUGUGCUGGGAUGGACGAAGGACACCUAAGAGAGAUACGCGCGUAAUUCAUAUGCUAGCUCAAGGAACUAUGUCACAGCUACAAAUUCCCUGA